CACACUUUAGGAACAACUGGAUAAAGAGUUUUUGGAUCCGAAAAGCAAAAUCAUGAUGACGGGAUUUCGACUGAACUUGUCCCCGCUGAAGGAGCCGCUGGGCUUCAUCAAACUGGUGGAGUGGCUCACGGCCAUAUUUGCUUUUGGAAGCUGUAGUGGAUUCUCAGGGAAGAACAUCAUGUCUCUGUUCUGCGGCGAUGGCAGGAACGACACGCUCGAUGCCAACUUUCACUACCCGUUCAGGUUGAGCGCGGUCCCGCUCAUCGAGGGGAACGCCACUCUCUGUAACCAAUCAGCCACCACCACACACAUGGUGGGAGACUCCGCCUCCUCCGUGGAGUUCUUUGUGGGCGUGGCCAUCGUCUGCUUCCUGUACAGCAUGGUGGCUCUGCUGGUGUAUUUGGGCUACAUGCACGUCUACAAGGACUCUGACUUUGGACCCAUCUUUGACUUCCUCCUCACAGCCAUCCUGGUCUUCCUGUGGCUGGUGUGUUCCUCCGCCUGGGCGAAGGGUCUGCAGAACGUGAAGGAUGCCACGGACACUGAAGGCAUCAGCAACACGCUGGCCGUCUGCAGGGGGGCCAACGUCACCUGUGAGGUCACAGAGUUCGCCAGCAUGCGGCCCCUCAACAUCUCUGUGGUGUUUGGCUACCUCAACAUGCUCGUGUGGGCGGGGAACGCCUGGUUUGUGUACAAGGAGACCCGCUGGCACUCUCAGAAAUUCUCCACUCAGCCCGGACCUGGAAGACAGCAGGUCCCUGCACCCAUAUAGAGCCACAUAUACACACACACACACACACACACACACACACACACACACACACACACA